CCUACUGCGAGCUAUCGUAGAUUUCACAGAGAAAUACAAAUUCUCUGCUGUUCAUUGCAUUCCAAUAACAGAAACCACAAGGGACUACAAAUUGUGGAAUAGGACAAUCUUCCAGUGAGUACAGUUGCCUAUACCUCACAAUCAGAAGGCUACAAUGGCAGCCUCUCCAGUGAUUGGAUCCUUUGUGGCUGCGGACUAUGCAGUCUUUGCUCUGAUGCUGCUGGUGUCUGCAGCCAUCGGGGUGUACUAUGCCAUCGUUGGAAGGGGCCAGAUCAGCUCCAGAGAGUUUCUGAUGGGGGGCCAGAGUAUGACAGCCGUACCUGUGGCUCUGUCCCUGACUGCCAGCUUCAUGUCGGCUAUCACAGUGCUGGCCACCCCAGCCGAGGUGUACCGAUACGGGGCAAGCUACGGCCUCUUCAGCCUCUCCUAUGUGCUGGUGGUGGUGGUCAGCUCAGAGGUCUUCCUCCCUGUCUUCUACAGGCUGGGCAUCACAAGUACCUAUGAGUAUCUGGAGAUACGGUUCAACAGAGCCACACGUCUGUUAGGGACAGUGAUGUUCAUUGUUCAGACUAUACUCUACACAGGAAUAGUCAUUUAUGCUCCAGCUCUGGCAUUAAACCAAGUGACUGGGAUGGAUCUCUGGGGUGCUGUCAUUUCAACAGGAGUGGUUUGCACGUUUUACUGCACUAUGGGCGGUCUGAAGGCAGUGGUGUGGACAGACGUGUUGCAGGUGGGCAUCAUGGUGGCAGGCUUCCUGUCUGUCAUCAUCAGAGCCGUGGUCCUGCAGGGAGGAGUCUCCAACAUCCUCAACCACGCAGAGCUCGGAGGACGACUCAACUUCUGGGACUUUGAUGCUAGUCCACUGAGGAGGCACACCUUCUGGACAAUCACAUUUGGAGGCACAUUUGUCUGGACCAGUAUCUAUGGGAUCAACCAAGCCCAGGUUCAGAGAUACAUCUCUUGCAAAUCCCUGACUCACGCCAAAAUGUCUCUCUACAUAAACCUAUUAGGACUGUGGGUCAUCAUGCUGUGUUCUGUGUUUGCGGGGCUGUGUCUGUACUCCGUCUAUAAGCACUGUGACCCCUGGACAGCAGGCAUGGUGUCAGCACCAGAUCAGCUGAUGCCAUAUAUGGUGAUGGACAUCCUGAGAGACUACCCUGGACUGCCAGGAUUGUUUGUGGCUGCAGCCUACAGUGGGACCCUAAGUACUGUAUCGUCCAGUGUCAAUGCUCUGGCUGCCGUGACUAUUGAAGACCUGAUCAAGCCGUACAUACACAUGUCAGAGAAACACCUGUCCUGGACCUCUAAAGGCCUUAGCUUUCUGUAUGGGGCUCUCUGUAUUGGAAUGGCUGGCAUAGCCUCACUAAUGGGAAGUCUGCUGCAGGCAGCUAUCAGUAUCUUUGGGAUCAUCGGAGGGCCUUUACUGGGUCUCUUCUCACUGGGGAUUCUCUGUCCAUACGCCAAUGCCACAGGGGGCUUGGCUGGUCUGCUCUCUGGGCUGGUUAUGUCUCUGUGGGUGGGGAUAGGGGCCCAGUUUUACCCUCCUCUACCAGAGCAGAGUAGGCCUCUGGGUCUGACCACACAUGGCUGUAACUUCACAACCGCAGCCGAUGCGUUCAACUGGACCACAUCCCCAACAGAACCAAGCCUAUACACUACAGUACUACAGCAAAAUACAGCAGAGAGACCCUUCCUGGCUGAUAACUGGUACUCCCUGUCUUAUCUCUACUUCAGUCCUAUUGGGUCACUUACAACUCUGGUUGUUGGACUGUUGGUCAGUCUACUUUCAGGGGGUAUGAAGUUGAAGUUGGAACCAAGGGUGUCUUUGAUGAAAGAAGAUACAAUGUUAUUUUGCUUUUACAAGCUCUUUAAAGAAAGGGUAAGUGAUAUGAGUGUUUCAAUAAAUAACCUCCAAGACGUCCUCUCUCUUUCAACCACUUUCCUGUAUUCAUUUAGCUCUCAUCCAUACCUAGGCCAUGAGACGAGCAGGAAAGCUGGACCUCACAAAAAACAGAGAGAACAAAUGUGGAAACAGUAACCCCGGCUUCUGCAAUGUCCACGAGUUGGAUUUCACAAAGAGCAGUCUUCCUACGUAACAUACUGAUAAAACCAUGACUUAA